UGGACCUUGAGAGUGGGUGGAAACACAAUACUUUGACAGAACAAUAAGACGCAUUCACUUGCAUGCAAAAAAUGGUCCAUUUUUAUGUUAAAGGUUUCUUUCUAUUGAUCCUGAUUAUUGUCUCAUCAGAAUGCAGCGAUACCCAAACUGUGGCUGCAUAUGAAGAUGCGACUCUCUUUAGGCUGAAUUCAGAUGAAAUUGAAGCAGAAAGGUGCUACCAAGUCAAGGUGACAAAGUACACCUCAGACAAAAAAACAAUGGUCAUCUUUAUGUGGCCCAAAAAGAAUCAACCAUCUAAACGAAUGUCAUGGGAAUCUAACGGAAACGGACUGAUGUUUUUCCAUCUGAAAAAUUUGCAAAAAUCUGAUGAAGGGACGUACAGCUGUGAAAUCUGGCAAGGAUGGGAUCUUGUUCUGAUGAAAAACAUGACUCUGAAAGUAAAAGAUUGCAAAACCCGUCCUGCAGUGAAGGUAAAACUAGACUCAUCCGUCAGGCUGCAGUGCUCUGUUGACAUCACACCAGAGAAGCAAAGACCACAAAAUGUCUCCUGGGCAAAGCUAAAAGGACUUCACCAUGAACCUGUUGACUCUCAGAGGGUUGGACCAGACAACACAUUGAUAAUCCAGACUGUGAGACACAGUGACAGUGGCUGGUAUCGGUGUAAUUAUGUUCUUGGAAAAACUAAGCGCUGCACUGACGUCCGUCUAAAUGUUCAAGAAGCAGAUGACACAUCUGAAGAUACAACAGCCACGACCACCCCAAACACCCCAACACACACUCUGCAAGGAUCACACUUUGCAAAUGUGAUCACACUGCUAGUUCCUGCCACUUUUGGGUUGGUCACUGCCACCAUACUUGGACUGUUCUUUUACUGCAGACAACGAAGGUGGAAAGUUACAGCACAGCAUCAGACUGCAGAUGCACCUACAGAGACUAUGGAUAAUUGUUAUCAGCAGAUGCUUCAGUCACAUUCACAGGAAAUGGCAGAUGAGUAUCAGACUUUACAUGAUCAAUCAUCUUGCACACCAGUGCAUGAAUAAACGAUAUUACUCUUCACAUGAACGGCCGCAUACUUAUACUCUAUGCCACCUUUGGAAAAGGAAAAUUUGUUCUCUUAAAUUUCAGCAACUUCGUGUUUAUAUCAUCGUUGCACUGAGUCCAUUCAUGUCACAUGUGUCUUGUGAGUCUUUCAUUAUAUUAUUAUGACAUCUGUAUUCUAAGAAUGAUGUGUUUCUCAUGUAUUUUUGAACGGAAUGAUGUUGUAAAUGUCAAUUAAAUAUAUCUUCCUGUUACAAGAGGGGGUGCUGUUUCAAACAGAGGUCUACAAAAAUGUAGUUAUUUCCAUUCAGUUCACAGGCUGUAACAGAUGACAGAAAUCAUCCGUGACUGUUGUCGUUCCUCAACAUUUAUACGAGGUAUCUUGGAUCCCAUCGUAGACCAACCCGGUCAGUCAAGCGUUCAGAUAGCCGCCGGUGACGGGACGCGUCCUGGGGUCAUGGAGGGGGAGCACUCCUCAGUCAAGCUCUCUUAACAUGCUUUACUCACUUUUGAACGCAUUUCAACCGAGAAUGUAACCACGUUGAUUGCCAAUAUGUGUUUGGAUCACUCAGAAAAUGGUUGUAUUUUUUUUUCCCCCUUGUAUAUUUGAAUGGAUACAAACAUGAUGGUGUUUCCAGAAUGUUACUGUGAGGUAGUGUUGGUGCAUUCACUUUUAAAUUUGUCUUUAGUGUGGACUGGGCCAUAAACAGUAAAAUUGUUUAAUACCUCAAUGUCCAAAUAAAAAAAAAACAUUAUUUGCAUUGUUUCAUUGGAGGAGGGAAUGGCCAGAUAAUUCCCACUGAAAUGUAUUACUGUAGUUUAAAAGACGUCGUUUGAGACACGAAAAAAGUGUGUAGAUGGUUUCCUGGACACAAAUUAAUUUUCUUGACUCAAAUCAUGAAUUGCCUUGAGACUUUGUUGUGUAGACAUGAGUCUUGAAAAGAAGUGAUAGUACAUUGAGACUUAAUGGGCCAUUUUCACAGCUCCACUACUUCCUGAAAUUAACU